CGUCGCUGGCAGUGGCACUCUCGAGGUCGAGCCCGGAAGUCUUGGAAUCUAUACCCCCCGACCUCUCUUGUGCAUGUACUUAGCAACGAUGGCCUUCCUUGCCUCCAGGAUGCUAAGGAUCUCCCGUACUGUUCAGUGAGCUUGACAUCCUGUUUUGGAAUGUCAUACCCUGUUGCUUCCUGCGCAGUUUAUGUCUUGUUAUAUUUCCUUUCUUAGCUGUUUGCUUCAAUUCCUAGUUUCUGCUUUUACUCUUGCGUUUGCUGACGUGUGUCCUUCAGCCCUUGUCUGUUUGUUUCCUCUUUGUUUUGGUGGGAUGAAUAUCUUUUCCAUAAAAAAAUAAAAUAAUUAUAAACCAAAAAAAAAAAAAAAAGGCAAGAAAAAUCAAUGGGAGAGAUGCUCUGGCGUCGGCAAGUUUGAAUUGUUGCUGAUUGGUGAGCUCGUUUGAAGUUUCCACUUUCUGCAGAGAUAAAUGUACGAACCAAACUGAAACAACCACAGAUAGCAAAUGGCAGGAGGAGUGAGGAGGAUCAAGUUGGGUUCACAAGGCCUUGAGGUCUCUGCUCAAGGCCUGGGAUGUAUGGGCAUGUCUGCCUUCUAUGGCGCUCCGAAGCCCGACGCAGACAUGAUCAGUCUCAUCCACCAUGCCAUUGACUCCGGAGUCACCUUCCUCGAUACCUCUGACAUCUACGGUCCCUUCACCAACGAAAUUCUUCUUGGCAAGGCUCUGAAGGGAGGGGUACGAGAGAAGGUUGAGUUGGCCACCAAGUUUGGUAUCAGCUUUGCUGAUAACAAGCCAGAGGUUCGAGGUGACCCUGCAUAUGUGAGAGCUGCUAUUGAGGGUAGCUUGAAGCGCCUUGGUGUUGAUUCUGUUGAUCUCUAUUAUCAGCAUCGGAUUGAUACCCGUGUACCCAUUGAAGUCACGGUUGGGGAACUGAAGAAACUAGUUGAAGAAGGUAAGGUAAAGUACAUUGGACUAUCCGAGGCCUCUGCUUCCACAAUAAGAAGAGCACAUGCUGUUCAUCCAAUAACAGCUGUGCAGUUGGAGUGGUCGUUGUGGACAAGAGAUGUGGAGGAAGAUAUAAUUCCUACUUGCCGGGAACUUGGCAUCGGCAUUGUUGCAUACAGUCCUCUAGGAAGAGGAUUCUUUUCAUCAGGAGCUAAGUUCUUUGAAAAUCUUCCCAAUGAUGAUUUCCGAAAGUAUCUACCUAGGUUCCAAGCCGAAAACCUAGAGCAUAAUAAAACAAUAUUCGAGCGGGUUAGUGAUCUUGCAGCAAGGAAGGGGUGCACCCCAUCUCAGCUAGCACUGGCCUGGGUUCAUCAUCAAGGCAACGAUGUGUGUCCGAUACCCGGAACCACUAAGAUUCAGAAUUUUAACCAGAACAUUGGUGCUCUCUCCGUGAAACUGACACCAGAAGAACUGGCUGAGCUUGAAUCUUUUGCUUCUGCUGAUGCCGUUAAAGGUGGCAGAUAUCAGAAUGACUUUAGUACUUGGAAGAACUCUGAAACUCCUCCAGUGUCUUCAUAGAAAGCCACAUGAGCAUGUGCCUUUUGUCAUGCCAUAAUGCUUCUUUGUAUCGCAUGAGCCUUGUAAAUUUCCUUACCGUUAUGAGAAUAAGUAGUUCAUGUGAAGUGGUAUGCAAUGACUGACUUUGAGACGUCCGUCAUUUUGUAAGCAGAUUUCAUCAUGUUGUAUGAGUAUCCAAAAGUAUGAAAUAAUCUGGGGUCAAACGAA